AGCCAGAAAAGUGCGUUUUAGAAUGAUUACUGGUGGCCAGCGGAGAGACAGAUUAUACAGCUCGACACAACUGUUGUUUUAAUCCCCUGAGCGGGGAGAUUUAGCAAAGAAAAAGCACUGGUUUUAAACCCACCAGCAGCCAUAUUGUAUGGAAAAGCGACGGAAAGACUCUUUUGUGAAAAAGUCGUUUUCGCAGACACCUCUGUCAAGACUUCUGGGGAGUUUAAUUUUCUUUCUAACUGGCGGUGGGAUUUUGUCGGUCAGCUAGCUUGACAGCUGGCCGAGGAACUUAGAGAUUUGGACUAAUUUUGAGCCAUUUUACACAAUAUUGUGGUUAUCUCUUUGAUUCAGAGGUGUGAAAUUUACUCUCUACAAGAUGAAGGACCGAUUGGAGCAACUUAAAGCGACAUGUGAUCAAGAUGACGACGAGGUGGAGAUUGCUGUGGACAACGCAGCCUUCAUGGACGAGUUCUUCUGUCAGAUUGAGGACAUCAGGAACAGCAUUGAUAAAAUUGAUGAGAAUGUGGCUGAAGUCAAAAAGCUUUACUCUGUGAUCCUGUCUGCUCCCACGUCAGAUCAGAAAACACAGGAUGACUUGGAGGCAAUCACCAAUGACAUUAAGAAGAUGGCCAACAAUGCAAGAAACAAACUCAAGACCAUUGAGAGGAAUCUGGAGUCAGAAGAGCAGGAAAGGGUAUCGGCUGACAUGCGGAUACGUAAAUCACAGCAUGCAGUGCUGUCUAGGAAGUUUGUGGAGGUAAUGACAAAGUAUAAUGAAGCCCAGGUGGACUUCAGGGAGAGGAGUAAAGGGCGUAUUCAACGACAGCUAGAGAUCACUGGAAAAGCAACAACAGAUGACGAACUGGAGGAGAUGUUGGAGAGUGGCAAUGCUGCGGUGUUUACUGCAGGGAUUGUGGACUCUGGGAUCUCUAAACAAGCCCUGAGUGAGAUUGAAGCCAGACACAAAGACAUUGUCCGUCUGGAAAGUAGCAUCAAGGAGCUGCAUGACAUGUUUGUAGACAUUGCCAUGCUGGUGGAGAGCCAGGGUGACAUAGUAGACAACAUAGAGCAGAAUGUAUCCAAGUCAGUGGACCACAUAACUGUGGCCCAGGAACAGACCAAAAAAGCUGUAAGGUACCAGACCAAAGCACGCAAGAAGAUGAUCAUUAUUGGAGUGGUCUGUGCUGUGGUUGCUCUCAUCAUCCUCAUCAUCAUCCUCACACAGACACUAUAACAGGACGACUGCCUUGUUGCCAUCGUCAGUUUAUUCAUCAUCCCCUCCGACCUAUCCUUCAUCAGCUGGCCUGCCAGAAAGAAAAAAAAUAAAACGAUAAUCACUCCAUAUGGAUAUAAUAAUAUUUAACCCACAAAGCUCUACUACUUUUGACCUUUUGGAAAAGGAAGCCCUAUGAGACUUCUGAUAAUUAGUCUGUUUGACUCCCUCAGUUUGAGGAUUCUCUGCUGCAAAAGAGGAAAUGAGACUGAAGCUGACAUGACGUACAAUACCAGUAGUAUCUCUGCGGAGAAGAAAAGGGAAUUGAAAAAUACCUGAUCGUGAUGUCGCUCCAGGUCACAAAACAUUUCGCUGUUCAACACUUGGUGCCAAAGAAUCAACCUGGAAGAGUUUGUCUUCUGAAAUUUAUUCUGAUGUCCAGUAAGUCUGACUUGUGAAGCCUCGUAGAAGCACCUCACUUCUCGUAUCAUUGUUUCUUGCCUUAAUGAGCCUUGACACACUUUGCAAUUGAAAAGCUAGCUACUGUAUGUUCACUGUAUCGAAAUUAUGUUGUUCUUUUGGGAGUCCUGCACUUUCACAUUUCAGUGUGUUACAAUGUCUUAUGUCUGUAAUUAAGUUUAGACAAUCGUGUAAAUAGCAGAAUUAUUAUUCUGUUUGUUAUUGAUGUCUAGCCAUGAAUAUGGCUCAGUUCUUUAACUUGAAGAGGGCUGGUGCUCUCACUUAUGAUUUUUCAGUUUAGAGAGCCCAGUGGUUUUAAAUGUUAAGGAUGGUGAAACUCAUGGACAGGUCGAGCUAAGACAAGAAAACAAGCAAAAAGAUAGAAGAGACAGGCUGUGGGGAUAAAGACGCAUUCCUUGCUUGGAGAUUUAUCUGAACAUUUUAACAUCCGGAAGAAAUGCCUGAUAAUUUGUUCUAUGUCUUUGCUAACCUUUUACAAUGUUGCAAUGCAAAUUUAUACGUAUAUGGACAUGAUUGUUUCCCAUAUUAAAAUGCUGUCAAAACAUUUUAAAUGCCAAGGGGGUGUAAAGAGAUAUCGGUAGUAACACUACCUUUUUCCCUGUAAGUGCCAGAAUAAUCUUUGUAUUUAUUGUAUUUUUUUCAUGACGCGUCGCUAAUAAAGUCACACAUACAGGAUGUGGUGGAAAUUUGACAAUCUAACAUAGAGUAGAGUCUCCCUGACUGGUGGCUUUUUACUAAUGUGAGAUGCUUUUCUUGACAUAUUCUAAGUCUCUCAUUAUUUCUACUGUAAACAUACAUCUUAGUUAACUUUAUUAGCAGCUGUCUGACACUAAUGUGUUCUAAUACAGCAGCCUUACAAUAAAUCCUUUUCUCUUGAAGGUUAUAAUGUUCGGUUUUGUUUGCCAGCAUCAGAGACAUGUUGGUUAAACUUAAUGGAUUUUGGAGACUGUAGUUUCUAGUAUUUUGAAUGGUCUUGCGUUAUAUUUCAGGGAUUUUUGACCUCAAACAAAAUAUUGGAAGUAUUUUCUGGUACUAUUAACAGUACAACAUAAACACUGAGUACAACCUCCAAAAAGACUACUGUUGAAACAGUGGGUAUCUUGGACAGUUUCAUUUAAUUUCUCUAGUUUUAGCCCCGUUUUUUUCCAAUAAAUGCAAUGAAGAAGAAGAAUGAAGAAUCUGAGCAUAAACUUUAUCUCUUCCUGAUAUGUUACAUGUCUGAUAUCUUGCAUUAUAUGAAUGUAUGUUAAUAAACCAAACCAUAUUAAGA